AUGUCUACAAUUUCUACAACUUCCGUAUCACAAACUAAGUCUGGUUUAGGUUUUUCUUUACAUAUAAAAGCUUGGGUUAAUUCCAUACUAGCUACAAUAGUGGUUGCUUAUGUCCUAUAUAAACUAUUCAAGGGUCAUGGUGAAGAUAUCAAUAUAGGUAAAUUUUUGACUAGAUCAUCCCCAUAUAUGUGGGCAUCUUUAGGGAUUACAUUGUGUAUUGGUCUUUCUGUAGUUGGUGCUGCUUGGGGGAUUUUCAUUACAGGUGCAUCAAUGAUAGGUGCCGGUGUCAAAGUCCCAAGAAUCACUACUAAGAAUUUGAUUUCUAUUAUUUUCUGUGAAGUUGUGGCAAUAUAUGGUCUAAUUAUAGCCAUCGUGUUCGGCUCAAAGAUGACAGUAGCUAAUCCAGAGACCAUGUUUUCUAAAAAUAAUCUAUUUACUGGGUAUUCGUUGUUUUGGGCAGGUAUCACGGUGGGAGCAUCAAAUUUAAUUUGCGGUGUUGCUGUCGGGAUUACUGGAGCUACUGCUGCCAUAUCAGAUGCUGCUGAUAGUUCUCUUUUCGUUAAAAUCCUUGUAGUAGAAAUUUUUGGUUCGAUUCUUGGUUUAUUAGGUUUGAUUACAGGACUAUUAAUGGCUGCUAAAGCUGGCGAAUUUGAAUGA